GUUCUAAUGACUAAUGUCAACGUUCACUCGACAUUGCAUUACACAAUCACAAAAAUAAAUAAUAAAGUACCUAUAGUGCCCGGUAGCUAAGUCGUAAAAGGGAAAAGUCUUAAUAUCUUCAAGAUGUCGAUCGAGCCACCUCCGACAGACUUGGACUGGGUGCAGCUCCGCAAAGAUAUGGGAGGAGAUGGCCCUCAAACUGAGUCUACCAGUGACAAAUUCGCCAGGAAGUUCUAUGAAAACCCAUUUGUUCCUUUAGGUUGUCUUUUGACUACGGGAGCACUGUCUUAUGGUCUCUGGAACUUCAGACAAGGCAGGAGGAAGAUGUCACAGCAGAUGAUGAGGCUGCGAAUUGUUGCACAAGGAUUCACCAUCACGGCCCUGAUAGUAGGAGUCAUAGCAACCACAGGGAAACCUGCUAGCAACGCUAUCAAAAAUUAAAAAAUAUUGCUAAGUUUAUUUUAAUUUUGUCUUGAAUGUUUAAACUUUGUAAAUACAAAUAAUAUUUUAGCCCUUAUUUUCGCAAUAAAAAGAAGGAAGUUUUAACUCUGUAAAGUUCAUAGA